AUGUCUCAUUUGAGAUCUCCACGUUCAAAAGAAUCACAUAGUAGUAAAAUCCCCUUUUCAAAGGUAGAUGUAUACGAUGAUAAUGGUAGUAUGCCACCUGAUACUAGGGUGCUUACUCCCAUCCAUUGUCAAUUGCCAUCUUUUGUUCAGAGUUGUAUCGUUCAGCAUGCCUUGCAUCAAUACCUCGCAUUGUUUGAACAAAAUAAUAUCUUGGUUCCACUGAUGAGAAGAUGGGUUUCAGAUACUGCUGGAGACAGAGUUCCAUCUUUCGAGAAACUGCUCACGCUCGCAUUGGUUUGCAAAUCAUGGUUUAAAUAUGUUUCAUGUCGACUCACUCGAUUCAAUGCAGCUUGGAAAGGCGAUUGUAGUAAAUUCGAUAAGUUAGAAAGUCGUCUUAUCCUCCCAACACCGUGGUCACUCUACCACGUUGAUAAUAUUCUCAGACUAACAAUCCAAGAGCUUGGUUGGAACGAUGAACAAAAGUCUAAUGAAGAUAGAAUGGACAUUGUGUGUGACUAUAUUGACAAUUUCCCAAAUCUCACAAUCAUUGUCAUUCGAACUCAAGUUGGUGAUUGGGUGGUUGACUGUCUAGCCGAGAGAUAUCCACAUAUCGAUAUUCAUGUCAAAGUUGAUUUUCAUCGUAAAUUCCUCUACGACUUUGGUGCUGAAGAGAUUACCAUUGACUAUGACUUUUCGAAAUUUAAAAACAUAAAGUCUAUCAAAAUGAAAGUUAAACAAGUGAAGAUGGAAGGUGACAAGAAAAUAGUGACAGAAAACUUUUACAAUGUUGUUAGAUGGUGGCAAACAGAUUCGAUUAAUCUUCGCUUCGAAUAUGGAUGGGGCGACGAGGAUCCCAGAAUACAUACUAGAUACAACACACUCUUUAGAAUCAAGACACUCAGACACUUGAGAAUUGAUGAUGAUUUAAUAGAACUACGUGAUUUACUCGUUGCCGUCAGCGAAUGUCCACAUAUUAAAUCAUUGGCGGUUGCUAUUUCCUUCUGUCAUCUUGGUGCCAGUGAAGAUGGUCAUGGACUUUGUAAAUGUUAUGGUAUCAACGAGCAUAGUGGUGUCCCCCUGGAUGAUCCAGAGAACUGGAACAGAGUAUGCAAAGCACUGGCUUCCAAUCAAACUAUCAAAAGACUUUCCCUUAGAAAUUGGUGUCACCACUAUGCAAAACAUAGAAAGAUCACCCCAGAAUCUCAACAAGCAUUUGCUCAGAUAUGGGCAUUGAACACAACGAUUAAAUACCUCUUGCUUGACAGUAUGAGAUUAAUUGUUUGCUCGCAACUCUUUGAGUCAUUCGAAAUCAAUAAGACCAUCACCCACCUCUUGCUCCACAACUGUAUUCGAGAUGACUAUCGACUAGAGUUGUCUUUCAUGAAAUUCGCGCAAAACAACCAGACAAUCACUUUCCUAUCGCUAUUUAAUAAUCAUGUAUCAGGUGGCUAUCAAUAUGAUAUUGAAGAGGCAUUUAAAACCAACGAAACGAUUACUCAUUUGAUAUUACCGGAUCACAUGGAAGCAAGUAAGCGAUUAUUCGAAUGUCUCAUUGAGAAAGACAAGAUACAGUACUUGGGAUUGUCUUCAAGUCUCAGGAGGGGUGUUGCAUACGAAACCAAGAAUCACACCCAAGAAUAUCGAACCACAUCGAAAUCACUUUGCAAUCUCUUUUAUUAUGCCAAUAGUUUUGUUGUGCCCAGAGAUCGCACAUUAUCGAAUUCUCUAUGGAAUGAUGUAAUCAAUCUAAUAAAAUAA